GAAAAGACCAUUUCGCAUAGUUGGCCAUUUAGCUUUAUUAUUCCGAUUGCUCCCUCCCGUUAAUUUUUUUAACAGAGUGCUCAAUGUUAACAUCAGGUGUUGGCAGCCUUCCUUGGGGGACAGAUUGCUUUGAAAUAAACACAGCUGGAAACGGACCACCUAUUGUUUUUUUCUUUCUUCUAAGGACUGGAAGAGGCAUUUAUAGAAAGGCCAGAGAACCCGGUGAUGUCUAGAAUCACUUUAUAGAUUUAUUCCUCCAACUCUGGUUAAUGAUUAACACCAUGUCUGGGUGGCCAGAGGAACCCACUCUCCUUCCCCCUUCCCUGCAGCGGCACUUAGCUGGGAACAAUGAACUUGCAGAGGUUUACUGCCAUCUGAACUUGAGGAGGGGGUGGAGUCUGCUCAGUUCUGUUUCUUCCAGCUGAAGUGUGGUUUUAGGAGCUAAGUAAAGAAUGACUUCUGUGGGGUUUCCUGAUGCUGGCCCUGCUUGCAAACUUGAAAAUCUCAUCAGAGCCUCUUCCCCUGGUUUUUUACUGUUCUACUCUUCUACAGGAAAGCAAGCAAAAAACGAAACCCUGGCCUUAAAAUUCCAAAAGAAGCAUUUGAACAACCUCAGACCAGUUCCACGCCACCUCGAGAUUUAGACUCCAAGGCUUGCAUUUCUAUUGGAAAUCAGAACUUUGAGGUUAAGGCAGAUGACCUGGAACCUAUAAUGGAACUGGGACGAGGUGCGUACGGGGUGGUGGAGAAGAUGCGGCACGUGCCCAGCGGGCAGAUCAUGGCGGUGAAGCGGAUCCGGGCCACAGUAAAUAGCCAGGAGCAGAAAAGGCUAUUGAUGGAUUUGGAUAUUUCCAUGAGGACAGUGGACUGUCCCUUUACUGUCACCUUUUAUGGCGCCCUCUUCCGGGAGGGUGAUGUCUGGAUCUGCAUGGAGCUCAUGGAUACAUCACUAGAUAAAUUCUACAAACAAGUCAUUGAUAAAGGCCAAACAAUUCCAGAGGACAUCUUAGGGAAAAUAGCUGUUUCUAUUGUAAAAGCAUUAGAACAUUUACACAGUAAGCUCUCUGUCAUUCAUCGAGACGUCAAGCCUUCUAAUGUGCUGAUUAAUACCCUGGGCCAAGUGAAGAUGUGUGACUUUGGAAUCAGUGGCUACCUGGUGGAUUCAGUUGCUAAAACAAUUGAUGCAGGUUGCAAACCAUACAUGGCCCCUGAAAGAAUAAACCCAGAGCUCAACCAGAAGGGAUACAGUGUGAAGUCUGACAUUUGGAGUCUGGGCAUCACCAUGAUUGAGUUGGCCAUCCUCCGGUUUCCCUAUGAUUCUUGGGGCACUCCCUUCCAGCAACUCAAACAGGUGGUAGAAGAGCCAUCGCCACAACUCCCAGCAGACAAGUUCUCUGCAGAAUUUGUUGACUUUACCUCACAGUGCUUGAAGAAGAAUUCCAAAGAAAGGCCUACAUAUCCAGAGCUUAUGCAACAUCCAUUCUUCACUGUACAUGAAUCCAAAGCAACAGAUGUGGCAUCUUUUGUAAAAUUGAUUCUUGGAGACUAAAAAGCAAUGGACUUAAUCAGUUGACCCUACUGUGGAUUGGUGGGUUUACAGGGUGAAGCAAGUUCACUACAGCGCCGAUAGGAAGUCAUCUUUGAGAUAAUUUAACCCUGUCUCUCAGAGGGUGUUUGCUCCCUGUUUUCUUUUCUUUUUCCCCUCCUUAGGGGGCCUUGGAAUCUAUAGUAUAGAAUGAACUGUCUAGCUGGAUGAAAUAUGAUAAAGGCUUAGGACUUGAAAAGAUGAUUAAAUAUUUAAUGAUGUGUCAUAUGAGUCCUUAAGCUUCUCAGACUUCUCUUGUUUUUUACAAAAUGAAUGCAUUGGCCCUGGCAUAAAGGUGCUACCGUAGUGAUGAAAUUGUAAGUAGAUUUGUUGUGUGUACCACUUAUUAUUUUAAUAUUUAUGUGUAAGCGCUUGGUUGCAAAGAUUCCAUUUUAUGCAAGAAGGGAAAUACAAAAGACAGAGUUGGGUUAGCAAUAUUUAUAGGGCUUUUAUUUUUUAAGUUCAAUCGUGUCUGUGGUCCAGAAGGAAUUAUUUAAUAUGCAUCUUUAAGAAUAUUAUAAAGAUAUCAAAAAGGACCUCUUCUUGUGAAGUCUCUGUGCCAGCUGUCAUGGUUGCUGCCACAUUCUAAACUGCUGCUCAAUCCUGGGUAAUCACCACAUAUUUUAGGUGAGGGGGCAAGACAUCCCAGUGAAUCCUACUCUUUCCUCAACUGUGGAAAACAUAAAAGUCACUUUUAUCACAGCACCAACAGUAGAAAAAAAAAAGGUGGACAUUUGUGGUAUAGUAUUAGUGGAAAGUGAUUUGUGAUGUGAUUUAAUAUCUGCCUUUAUAUUCACAUACCUGUAUGUGUGUAUGUACUAAGUCCUGCCAAGUGGUUUCCAAUGAACAUCUGUGUUUAGUUAGGAGGACAUUUGCCUGUCUUGAGGGGGGUAGGUCAAGCCACAGAGAACUUGUGCCUUCUUCAUUUAUCCCUCCUCCAAUGUAUAUGCCCCAAGGAUUGCCUUUUAGUUAAUGUGUUCUUUUGCUUUAUUUGUUGUUUUCUUGUUCAAUGAAGAAGCCUUACUAUUAACAGAAGGGCUGCAAUAGAAGAAAAUGAAAGGCAGUUAGUGGUUCUCUGAUAAGAUAGCAAGAUAACAGGGAGGGUUGAAUGAACUCCUAGGACUAGAUGACAGCAGUGUGAUGGGUAGAAUUGAGCCCACCUUUAGCAGUGUGUGUUAGCUCACUUCACUGUAGGAGGCUUUCACUAUGUGAGCUCCUAAGAGGUCAACUAAGCAACAAAAGUUCUUUGUCCUUGCCACAGGUUCUCCGUUAGGGGUUCUAGGUUCCUCUAGGAUCAAGAAGUAAAGUGAUUGACAGGGAAAAUACAGAUUAUAAUAAAUAGCCACGAAGCACUGCUUUUGGAUGUUUUGUUUAUACAAUGAUACUCUUGGAAUAUAAAGUCAGAGGGGUUUUAUUUUUAAAAAAAGAAAAGAAGAAAAAACACACACACACCUUGUUUCUUUUCUUGUCUCAAUGCCUCAAUGUUCGUCAAUGGGGAGAGAAGUGCUCUCCCAAAUUUUCUCUUCCUUUCCCUUACAGAUUUUGAAGUGCUGUCAUACAAUUUUUGUUGUUUGUAUUUUUUCAUCCUACUUUGGAUCUCUUGCUCAUGGCAAUUACCCAGAGAGAGCAUGGUACUGCAUACAGUUCUUUGUAUGCAGUUCCAAGGGAUAUGAGUUGUCUGCUUGAUUAAACAUCAGUUUCAUCUUAGAAGCUACCUCUGUCUUCUCUUGUUUUCUACUGGGAAAGGAGUGUUAUCCUAGUGUUCGUGGCCAUGCACUUGCUCACUUAGCUUCCUAAGUGAGAGAGCAAUCACAACUAUAUUCUUCACUCUGAUCACCCAUCUUAGAAAUAAUAGGGGGAAAUGGGGGAUCACUCCAUUAUGGUUUUUGGUGAAAUGUAUAAAGCAAAUCAUGUUUCUGGCCUGGUUCGCCUGUUUUUUGACUUUGAAACACUUUUAACAAAGUGUGUGUUUCUCAUAUGUACGCCUCUCUGUAUGCCCUGGGCGGGGACUUAGAACACAAUUAUAGCAGGUCACUAAGGACGUGGACUAGGAUUCUCGUCCCUGUUACACAUUGGGAUCAUCUGGGAGCUUGUGAACACUGUCAAUUUCAAUGUCUCUGGAGUGCAGACUGGGAGUCUGUUUUUCCUUUGCAUGUCCUCAUGUGAUUGUUAUGCGCAGGAGGGUUAAAGACACUGGACUAGCACCUUCCAAAGAGAAAGGAUUUCCUAAGAAUUUCUUUCUCUUGAAGUAACCAAUGACUCUGUAUGAGAGUACCAGGAAGCCCCAUUUCUUUCCCUAUCCUCGUCAGUAUGGGUAUUUUCAUCUUCAUCAGGGAAGGCAUAUCCCUGGGAUACUGAUUUGAAAGUUGGAAUACCUUUUCCCCAGAGAAGCAAUUUCUCUAUGAUGAUUAAGUUUCCUGUGUACUGAAGUAUAAUGGGUUGAUAGCCUUAGGAUUCCAAAUUUUAGAACACAAUUUUAUGUUUGGAGACCUACAUUAGAAGUUCUAAACAACCAACUUUUAAAGUAAAUUUUAGAUACACAAAAUGCAUAUAAAUUGGGUGUCUCCUGUAUAUACAGAUAGAUAUGUAUGUGUAGAGAAAAGGAUAACUGUAUUCAGGGGUGAUCCUCUGAAUACAUAGUUAAUGCUCAGCCAUCAUGGACCAUCUGAUUAUCAGCCCUGUCUAUAUCUAUCAGUAUAUUACAGAAUCAGUGUAACUCUACAAAAGAGAGCAUGAUUAUUUUUCCAAUUGUAUUUUAUUUGGCAUCAGACACUUGUCCACAUUAUACUUUUUAUGUUUAGAAAUAUUCAUCUCUCUCUAUAUGUUGUUGAUUUAAGAUGUGUGCCAAAAAAGUAAUGUGAAUGAUUUCACAAAAGCUAGCAAUAUGUGUGUCUCUGUCAAUGACUAUUACCCUUAAUAGUAACCUCCUUGAGGGACUCUUUAUAUAAAUAAUGCUAUGAAAAUGUUUAUUGUGUCCCUUUCAGCAAAGGCUUCAGAAUUCAUUCCCUUCCAUGUAGAUGUAAUCAUUUUAGAGUUCCUCUUUCACGUUCUGUUGUCAUGUGUUUUGUUUACAAAAAGCGUUACCAGGCUAUUUUCCUCUUUGAUUUACCUGUUUUAUCAGAUGUAGUACCAAGCUUUGUUUGGCAAUUACUAAAAGCUAAAUCUGUCCUCAAGGAAGGAGUUUAACCAUCGCCAAAUUUUUGUAAAACGCUGUUUUAUAGGGCUCUGAAGAUAAUUUCAAAUGACGUUUCCCAAAAAAGGGUGCAUUAUUUUUAAGCCAAAUCAACUUCCUCUAAUAAAUGUCGUCUUACAAGAUGACACUCAGAAGGAGAAAUAACUUCCAUAGAUGUGUAUAUAUUUGUUGAUAAACUAUCUGAGUCACCAAUUUCACACGUGGCAUCAUCUAUUAGCUGUGACUUAUGACUUUGAUGUGGAGGAAUAAUCCAUUAUUCAAAAGACUGUGUUUGGCCACACUGAUAUUCAUCAGAAAAAAUUGGUUAAAUAAGCAACUUCUGUCUUGGUUAAACCAUCUGAAAUAGAAAUAAGUAUGUGUGGGUAUAGCUCAAGAUUGUGUGGUAAGUUCUUGUAUAUCCUUCAAGCUUAAAAGAAUUGUAUAUGCCAGAUUCCUAAACACUUGCUGUUCAUGGUGCCAUCAGUUGUCUUAGAAAUUUUUUAUGGUACCCAAAUCCAAAUAGCCUAACAGUUCAAUGUAUUAAGUAAUUAGGGUCAACCAGCUUAACAGUAAUAGUUUUCACUAUGCCCUAUAUAUAGAUGACUCCAUGUUUCUCUUAAAAAUACAUAAGACCCUGCCAUGCCUGUGAGUUUGCAGUAGUCUUAGGAUACUUCACGCCCAGUUUGGGCACCAUAGAUAUUUAUUAUGGUGAUACCUGCAACUGUCUACAACAGGUGACCCUCAAAUUGGAAUUCUUGGUCACUCUUCCAUUUGUAUUAUUCCAUUUUUGCUAAGUUAUUGUUUGUGCUUGCUUCUGGCUGAUUCAAUUUUUAAUUACUAUCCUGCCCUUUGCUGUUGACCAGUCCUGUAAGACCACAUAGUCUAGGAAAUAAAGUACUCGUCAGCCAUUGUGUCAGAGGAUGCUGGCACCAGGACUAACAAGGUCCCUGACUUCUCCAAAUGAAGUAGAUUUCAUGUCUUUGGAAUACCCAUACCCAAAGAAGGCAGAGAGGGACUAAUAUUUCACACUUUAACACAAAAAAAUGUCCUUGUUGGCCAGGGGCUUUAGUUCUCUGCUCAGAGAAGCUGCUCUGUUGCUCCCUGAAGUAUCCAACAAAACACUGAAAGUACAAGAAACAGAUACCUAAUUCCUAAUUUCCCACCUAAAUUCUUUUUGGGGCUGUGUAGCUCCUUCUGACCUUGAAGGUACAAGUCAUGUAUUCAUAAAAUUCAUUGGAGCUUGUGGUCAGAUCUGGUAAAAUGAAUUAAAUUUCUUUUGUGCUGGAAUUUUGCCUUGUUAACAUCUAUCUGUAACUUUAAGGGAGGGAUGUAUUGGCUCAAAAGACUCUUCCACUUUUAUUGAAUUAGCAAGUGAAAAGGUAUUUGAGUAACUGUCACCUUCUUAAGAAUUUUUUUUAACUUUUAUUUAGUAGAUAUAAAUUUCCAAAGUACAGUUUGUGGAUUACAAUGGCUUUUCCCCCCCAUAACUUCCCACCCACCCACAACCCUCCAAUUGUUUUAAUUGUUGUUGUCACUUUUCAAAUGCAGGAUGCAGUUUUCAUUUAGGUCUCUGAUAAUUUGCAUAAUUCACAUGGAAGAAUGCUAGAAUAAUAUCUAGAAAGAGGAAACUACCUAAUGUGGUAGAAGUAGAAAAAAGAUAUUUUAUUCUAGAAGUUUCAUAUACCUCUUUGCUGGGGGUAGGGAGCUUGUUUUAGCUCUGCUCAAAAUGCUGAUAGUUAAGAUACUCUUUGGUUUUCUUGGCUUUGAUUGGGUUACUCUGGAUUGCUCUGAGCAUCUGUUGAAAGCUAGGACCUUUUCCCUAGGAAGACGCACAUCGUAUGAAACACACCACUUUGGAAACAUUUUUUGCUAGGCGGGAUUUCAGUUUCUAGACCCCCAUAGUAUCAAUCACAUUGCUCUCUAGAAUGGGUACUGUGAAUCCUAGACCAAGGCUGGAAAACUUCCUCUGUCAAAGGCUGGAUAGUAAAUAUUGAUUUUUGGCUUUGUGUUCCAUACAGUCUUAUUUGCCACUAUUCAACUCUGAUGUUGUAGUAUUAAAGCAGGCAUCAACAACAUGUAAGUAAAUGAGCAUGGCAGCUGUGUUCCAAUAAAGCUUUACUUACAAAACCAAGCAAUAGCCCAGAUUUGGUUCAUAGGCCAUGGUGAGACCAUAAAAUACAGACUGGCUAUCUAUAAAGAGUUCUUCCACUUAGUGGAUAUUUAGUUCAGCUGCUAUUGAGACAGUUUAGGAAGCUGGACAUAGGAAAAUGAAUUCAGAAAGGAUGGGGGCUGUUUAAUUGCGUGGAAUUUGCUUGUUAGUUUCCUCAGGUUAAGUGUUAAUCGUUCUGGAAGUUAAUGGACAAUUUUCUUCAGAAUAAACUGAGUUUUUGCUUUCUCUUCUACGUAUUCAGCAACAUAACUUCAGUUGGGAAACUAAAGGCACAUUUCUCUUCCAUGUUAGCUGUCUCCUUGGUUCUUAGUUUCUUUGCAUUUUUUUUUUCUGUAGUAUGAUUCCCAUGCAGGGGAAUCAUGAACCUGGACACAAAUCAUUGUGUUUCCCUAUCCCCUGAACUGUCCUAGGGUUUAGGGAUUUGGAAGGCCGAACUUACCUCAGUUAGAUAGAAUUCUUAACAUCUUCCAAUUCAUCCACCUUGUCUACUUGUCCAUCUUUUGAGAAAGCAAGAAGGAGUAGUUUUGGGCAAAAUACUUGUUCUCAGGUAGCUUUGGAGCUCCAUGUUCUCCCUGGAACAGAAGCCUCAGGCCUGCCCCCUUGUGUUCUGUGCCUGGAUUGCAGGGGAGUAUGCUUCUUGUUUAAUUAUAAGUAAUUUCAGUUUUGAAGGGCCUGUUCAAAAUGCCUCCUUUCUGAUGUGAUUUUCUUGGCUUUUUAGCCUGCGUUGAGUUUCUGGACCCCAGAAACUUCUAGCAGAAGCUGUGCCUUCCCUCUGGAGCAGAACAGCUCUGUGACUGAGUUCUGCUUCAUCUGUGCUUGCACCCUCUUUGCUGCCCAGAACACUAUACAAAGAGCUAUCAGCUUCCUCCUUUUUCUUCAUGCAGAGGGGGAGAGCACAUCUGAGUGAAAGCUGUAGGCUCCUUCUUACUCAGAAACGCUUGUCUUCCCCUGCUGUCUUGUCAGGAAAACACAAUUAGACUUAGAAUGAUGCCGAGAAACGCCUUAAGAGGGCAUAUUUCAAUAUUUGAUCUGGCAAUUUACCUAAAAGAAUGUUUUCUCUUCACCCAGGGGAAAAAAAUCUGGCUUCCAAAGCCUGCAAAGUGAAAUUAUCCGUCCAGGCCAUCACCACCAAACCCGUUCACUCACCACGUGUUCCUGGUGACUGCAAGGAAGAAGUAUUGGUUUUCUGAGUUGAGAAAGUUGCAGUUGACAUCUAAGGAAAUAUUGUUGUACAAUUCCAAGUUAUCUAAGGGACUAGUUUGGAAUUAAGACUUUAGUUGGGGUUAAUCUUUUCAGUUCCUGCCCCAAACUCCUUUUUAAAGUAAAAAUGUUCUACAAGUCCCUUUCCUAUCAGAGGUGAAGAAGCUUUGAGCCUAAGCAGAAACACAAGGCAAAGUCAAGGACUUUGUACUACAGGCUUUUGUUUUUAAGAAACCAAUGUCUCUUUGUCACAUAAACACCUAUUAAUAGAAUUUAAAAUUACUCAGCCUAAUUCCUUAGGACUCAAUAUCUUGAUAUCACUCAUUUUGUCAUUUUUGAAUUAGGACAUUGAGCUUUUUGUUCUUGGGAGUUCACAGAUUUGGGGAUAUUUGCAUGGUAUUUCCUUUUUAAAGUUGUCAUCCUGACAACUUUAAAUGUGUGAAGUGCAGUUACUCUUGACUGUGCACGAUUUUCCCCAGUUUAUAUAUUUGCAUUUCUGAGAUUUUGGGUCUAAGGAAUGGGGCUAAUGGUUUCAUGACCUGGAGAUUGAGAUCAGGGAAUGUAUGGGCAAGUACAGUCAUUUACUUGAGUUCUCAUGUGGAAAGCAGAAUUUCCCAAGGAAUCCCUAGGGUCUGAGGCUUAGACUCGGCCAUCAGUAGUGUUCUCUGGUUUCUCUUCUUGCAUUUGCUUGUUAUUAUUCCUCAGUCAGUCACACAUAACAUGGGCUGACUUAAUACUUUUGUGGAAAGGAACUGAUCCAGCCAUUUUCAUGUAUCAAUAAUCAAAACCAACAGUUUUGCAUCAGUCUGCUGAGCUGAACUCUGUUGUUCUCAGUUCUUGAAAAUGUAAGGGAAAGCUAAGAGGUCUUUUCACAAACUCUCAUUCAAAAUAUGAGACCUUGUAAAAGGAACUUCCAUGUGACCUUUAAAGAAGAGCUGAGUUGGGCGCCUGAGUCCCUGAAGUAUUGUGGUCAGAAAUGAGUAAUUAGCAUCGUUUGGUCACUACCAACAUUUCUGCUGGAGUCUGCAAGAUAUUUCAAGAAAGCAAGUCAGACCAUUCUCUUGUCACUAGACUUAGGAAUUUAAGAGUGAAGAGUAAUGAGAAACUGAUACUUGAUGAAUGAGAGGCAAAAAAAAAAAAAAUGCAUGGAGUGGUACUAAAUUAGAAACCUUUUGGAGGAAGAACAAUAAUAAAAGAUUCUGGUAAGCAGACAUAUCCUUUAACUUAUUUACAGUAUUACUAUAUUAUGAAGGUGAUCUUCUAUGAGAAAAGCCAUCAAGAAGUCAAAUCUUUAUUUUUUUCCCCUUCAAUGUCCUGAGCUAUGAGAAAAUUUAAAGAAUGGCAUUCAGAAAAUUGUCUUUGGCUUUUCUAGUGUUGUUGAUCCUAAAACGUCACCCUUUGAAACUGAUGGCACCCACAAUAAGAGUAAAUGAUUAGAGGAGGUGAUACAUGAGUUGACUAAAAGGAGUCAAGUGUGUAAAGCAUUUUAAGUGUACAUAGCUCAUCCCUCAGCUGCCUUCUGGGUAAAGAAAUAUGGAGGAGAAACCUGAGCCCUUGACCUUCACUUCUCAUGACAGUUGUAUUUAAGUAAGGUGGGCACCAAAGAAGUGUAUGUGAUGAGCAUUCUUUUUGUUCAUAAUGUAGAAAGCUGUGAGUGUUCCUAGAAAUGGACUACAGGUUUCAUCAGAAGAGCUAGAAUUUAUAAUUUUAAAAUAUAACACUCAAAACUCUUGAUUAGUCAGAAGUGAUGAAUUGUGGAGAAGUAGCUCUGUCUUUUUCUGAUCCCAAGUCAUCUGUCUUGAAUGUUCAGUAUCUCGAGAGGUAAGAAGGAAGGAUGGCAGUGGCUUCCAGAUCAUGUUCAGUGGCACCUGAGGUCUCCUGUCAGGAGCGGAGGGGGAAGAAGUGUGAUAAAGGUUGCUGUUGCCUACUGAAGCCCCAUUAACUUUCAACUGAAGCAUUAGGUCAUCAUUAUUAUUCCUUUUAACUGCACGUCCCAGUGUCUACUAAAGGCAUGGGAAUUUUAAGUUAAAUGACCUUUUGAGGACCCAAAACAAUUCCCGAAUCUGGGAAAGUUUUAGCCACCCAUAUCUGUGAAUCUUGGGCUUUUGCCAUACUGAGUUCUAACACAGUUAGGGAUGUGGGCUACAAGAAGGGAGGGCCAUUUAUUUUAAUUUUAAAGCACCAUGCAUUUGACAGAAAACACACAGAAUCAAUAAGUGAUGGCCAUGAAAUAUAGACCCUUAAAUGGAUUAUUUUUCUAAAUCAUUUGGGAAUGGUCUGAUUUCCAUUCAUUCUCCCAGUGAUGAGGAGUGGUAUGACUGAGGUCUUGAUACAUAGUGGGAUUUUUUUUUAAUUUCUAGAUAUAUAAGUGGAGAAGUUCUAAUUUGUGUCCAUUGAACUGCAGUAAUAAAAGUGAAACUCUUCAGAUGAUUUUGACACAGACAAGGAUACUAUCUGGAAUUCAAGCUAACAGAGCUUCCCCUUGCUGGGUUUUGACAAGGUGUGGUUGAUGUACAAGGGUAAUGGAAACCUGUAACAGUCAUUAGACACUGAAAAGUACACAGCUGUGUUGGUCAUGAACGAAACACAAGGGGAAUGCGUGGAUACUUUCUGCAUCAUCUCAGGUCCCUUCUAUACGUGGAGAAAGAGUUGGUGGUGAAUUUUGACAAUAGAUGUUUGCCACUGAAGGAAACUUAGCAACUUGGGUUUCACAGCAACCAGUUUAGAACCUUGUACUCAUUUUUGCCAAAAAAUUACAGUGGGCAACCCUUCAUCAUAUUUUCAGCCAAUAUGUCUAUAAAGUCAUAGGAACUUUGAUUAAAAGCAUUUGGAUAAUUUAUCUCUUUUAUUACCUUUGUGUUUGAUUUAUUGUUUAGUCUCAAAUUUAUUUUCUGAGUGGAGUGAUUUUCUGUAUGAGCUGAAAUGUUUUAAUACAAUAGUAGGUAUUUUUAGAGGAAAAAUGUUUUCUUUGUGUAAUUAACUUACACAAAUAGAACAUAUUUUCUAUUAUACAAAAUUAUCAUAUGGGAUAAUUUGAAAGGGGCUUUAGGGGAGUAGUUGCAAAUUAUUUAUGAAUAGUUUUCUACAUAUUUUGUGGAAAUCUCAAUUAGACACUAGUUGGAACUUCCCUAUGUAAUUGAAAUUUACAAAAAAUUUUAAUAGGAUAGGUGGAUUUCCCCAACUUCUUUUGUGCUUAGGUUUCAAAGCCAAAAAUGCUGUUUCCAUUUAUGAAUCUGAUCAUUAGAAAAAAAAGUUUUUUCUUACAUUCUGUGAAUUUUAUGAUAGACAACAUUUUAUUUGUAUACAUGACUGACUGUUUUCCUGUGUUGCACCCUGAAUAUAUUUUCAAACCAUGCUUAUUUUAAGAGAGCUCCUGGGCAAGUGGAAUACUAGAAUGAAGUAAUUCCAUAUGCUGGUUAGGGGCCUGCUACGUCUUCUUGACACCUAAAAUAUUCUGAAAGAGAAUUGGAGAGAUUUUGCACUCUUAUACUUCAAAAUCCAUCUGCAACACUUAAAGUCAGUGUCUCUGCAGAGUUUGUAGUAGAGGAAUUUAUACUAUUUUGUGGAUUCUCCCAUCCAGUCCUUAGUCCUUCCUGACCUGUGCAACUCACUGCUAGCCAUCCCUAGUUGGAGUCCUUACUCCUUUGUGGAUUGUGGUAUCUCUGUUUUAUGAAUGAGACAAGCUGAACUGUGGAGUGUGGAAUUCAUUAGAAGUUUAUAAAGUAAGGAUUUUUGACGGAUGUGGGUGGAAUAUUUCCAUGCCUUUGAGGUGAGUGCUGAAUUUUAAAUUCUGGCUCUAGGAAAUUUUUUUGCUUGUGAACUGCAGAAGUAGGAAGGAGUUGGGAUCCACACUUAAUUUUGUGGUUUUUUUUUUUUUUUUAUAUUGGAAAUAAUUGCGACACUUUCUGAAACUGAAAACAUUCUCCAUUAUUGAAUGGGGAAAUUCGUGUGUGUCAAAUGAUAACUUCAGAAGUACCCAGGAUUGUAUUUUGAAAUACCUGUUUUGGGGGGCAGUGUAUAUUUGUGUUCUUUGCCUGUUGACUUUUAUAGCCUCAUAUGCUUUCAUUGUAGCCUAGUUUUUCUAUUACCACAGUUGAGUAUAUUUUUUUCUUCUGAACUAUUGCUUAUCAUAAGUGCUAUGUUAUCUAGAAUCCCAAAACCAAGAAGACAGCUAAUGUGCAGGCUUGGGAUAGAUACAAGAUUAGGUUUUAAUAGAGUUCUCAGAAAUAUGCUGAAUUGAAGGAUAAAAGUCAUGUUUGCUUUUAACGUUUGGAGAAGCCACCUGCCCCAGUUCUGUAUCCUUGAGUGAUUCUUCUUUUUGUGACAGUAUUGUUGGUGAGAUGUACUUGGUAGACUGGAUGAUUGGCUUCUACCUGUCCAUAAACAAGGAAUUAUGAUUGCCAAAGGUGGGGAUAAUUUUGCCUUAUAAGCAUAUGGUUAUUCUAUAGUGAAAUUCCCUGUCUCUGUAUCCUUUAAAAAGCAUGACCUUAUCAUUUCCCUCCUCCUUUCUGAUCCAAGAGCCUAUUAAAGGAAGAGUGUAUUUCUGAUGUGCUGUGACAUAUUUCUUUGAAUCCAUGGCUGAGAUGUUAAACCAAGAGGUUGUUACAUGGUUCAUGUGGUUACCGUCCUGGCUCCUCUCUCACCACCUCAAAGGAACAUGAAAUUGGGAGAUUAAGUCAAACUUGAACUCCUCUGUGAUGAGGAGUGUUCACUUUGAUUUCCUAUCUCAGGAUAUUCUUUGGUUUCAUACUGCUGCUGAGGAGAAAGGAACAAGCUUCUGACACUGUAACUGGUUUCCAGAUGUUUGUGCGUGUGUAUGUAAAACUUCACACUGUGUGUGUUGUGCUCAAUGCUGUGUCAAUCUCUGAACUGACUCAAACGGCAAUUUACAGAUAGAGAAGACAGCGAUGAUGGCAACAAAUAAACUAACACCCAACCUCCUCUUUCUGUCAAAAUGCUUGCUAUGACUUCCAUAGCUAGGGCAAGCAACAUAAGUAUUCAGGAUAAACGUGCCCUUGAGAGAAAUGGUGUGUUGAUCUCAUAAGCAAAUGUACAACCAAUAAAAGAUAUUUUAAAAAGUA